AUGGGCGUCAUCGGGAUGCCUUCGUUUGAAGACUACUGGGCCAAUCAAACAAGAUGUGACGAGAUCGCCAAUGUGAUGCCUGUAAAACGGUUCAAGAAGCUCCGAAGGUUCAUCCAUUUUAUUGAUAACCUCCAGCCAGUUGAAACUGACAGAGCCUACCAGAUUAAACCUGUGCUUGAGCACAUUCGGAGCAAAUGCAAGGCCAAAGAGAGCGAAAAUCUCUUCUCCAUUGAUGAGAUGAUGAUCCCGUACAAGGGUAAAAAGGCGGGGAACCUGAGGCAGUACCUCCCCAAGAAACUUAAAAAGUGGGGCUUCAAACUGUUUGUACGUGCGGGUGUUUCUGGGAUGGUUCAUGACUUCAUUCUGUACACCGGCGCAACGACAUUCGAAGGUAUCAGACUUGCAGAAGAGGAUGAGGCGCUCCGUCUCGGCGCAAAGGUUGUGUUGCGCUUGUACGAGAGCGUUUCUCGUCCAAAUGAGAGCAUUGUCUACUUUGAUAAUUUCUUCACCUCGCUGGAACUGAUUUCACGACUGAAAGAAAGGUAUUCUUUGCACAGUCUCGGCACCAUUCGAAGCAACAGGCUUCGAGGCUGCUCCCUAAAGGAUGACAAGUCACUGCUGAAGGAGGGAAGAGGCAGCUUUGACUACAAGGUGGACAAUGUGGCAGGACUUGCAGUCGUGAAAUGGGCUGACAACAAGACUGUAAUACUUGCAAGCUCUUGUGUUUCACAAGACCCAGUGGAAACAGCGAACGGGUUCAACAAGAAGGAGCUUCAAAAGAUUCCAGUUUCUUGCCCACAAAUUGCGAAACAGUACAACAUUGACAUGGGCGGUGUUGACCUUGCAGACAUGUACGCAGCGCUUUAUCGCACCCCAUUCCGCACAAAUCGAUGGUACUUAGGCAUCUUCAGCCAGCUUCUCGAUAUAUCCCUGAACAAUGCUUGGCUACUACACCGACGACAGUCAAACCUCACUGGCGUGAAGGCAAUGCGACUGAAACAAUUUCGACUAGCUGUUUCAGAAGCUUUGAUGCAUGCAAGUUCCCCGAAAAGAGGGAGACGUUCUUCCACCCUCGAUGAAGAACCUGCGGCGCAGCGCCCAAGAAUGCAGACUACGGCAGCACCUGUCACCGAUGUCCGCUACGACGGUAGCGUCGUAGCGGACAUCAGCGACCUUUGCUGGAACGCAAAGGUCGCUGCAGGUACUGCCCAAGCGGCCAGACAUCAAUUGCCUGUGAAAAGCGCAAAGUUAGGCUUUGCAUAG